GCUCCAAACAUGCACUUUGAUCCCGCCUUGGAGAACUCGCCUCCGCCAUACAUGAUCUAUGAUCAUCUAACAGCACCUAUCCAUGCCAUGUCUUUUGGUGCCGUCAAGACGAUAGCCAUUACAUCUGCCGCAAUCUUCUCAGACAAACUCGCCAACGCUUGUCAGAAGUACUUGAACCAAGUCCUUGGUCCACGUCCAAUCGUGGAAAUGGAGUCCGAAGAAAAUGAAGGUGAUGCACUCACACCCGAGUCCAUGAAUGUUCGAGUCGUCAGACAACUAUCAGCAACUGCAAUAUAUCUUUUUGGCGCUUUCUCUGGGAUGGAAGCUUACAUAUAUGGCGUUGAUGCAGCACCAUACAUGGAUCGUGUGCUACGUUGGAGAUUGUCGAACACAGUCGUCAAUAGAAUGGCCGUCCCCGAACCAUUCAGACCAACUCCGCUUCAAUACAGCUCACCAGAACACCCACUCUACAUCGAUUUCAUCAACUGGCCCUCGAUACGUGACCAGCUUAUCAUACAUGGCCACGCGAUUGAUCAUGAUGAAGUCAUCAAGGAUAUCGUUCUGAACACUGUUGUUGAGAUUGAACACCGCAAGAUUGCCAUCAACAUAUACGAUAUUUUCCACAACCGCAUUCUCUCUACCAGCAGCCGGACGUCUGGUUCGCGGUCAAAGUCUGCCAUCGUUUCCCCCGACUGGAAGUUUGUAGAGGUUCCCCAAGUGGACAGCUCUUUCGAGACCACUACCGAUCCAGUAGAAGACGCCUUGGUUCAAGAACUAUCCUGGCGUAUGCAAUUCGGAUUAAACGGAUCGUCGCAAACUCCCGACGGAAUUGAUAGAUUUGCCGGACCAUCAGAUCCAGACGGCCCCUUCGAGCCAUUCCCGUGGACGAACCCGAACUUCCGCAAGAAUGAAAUAGCAACGUAUUUUGGGAUUGAUCGACUAAACCAUUGGAAGCUGAGCCCAGCCUUCGCGCGGAAGUAUCCAGUCUUUGACUGUACUGCUGUUGUCUCUCAAUACGAAAUGAUUUCUUGUGCAGCCGCAACAGUAUUCUAGCCUAUCUGCACCUCAAUGCACAAAAGCCAAUCUUUCUUACUAGCGUUUAGCGACUAACAGAUUUCUCAUUUUUAUUGUAGCAGAUUUCUUAGCAUAGUCUCUCGUAAUCCUUUAAUGAUACCAUCUCAUGAGUUCAUAUCGGGGGUGUAAAUUGGCGUGGGGUUCUUGCGGUUUGGGUUAGAAGCUCCGACGUACAUUCAACAUACGUCUAGAUACGUAAGAUCAACACAAGCCUUCUCCCAUGUACUUUUUAGACUCCAGGAUGAACCUGGGGGCCAUUCGCCUCAUCUCCAUUGCUUCGUCGGAGUACUCAUCGGCCAUCUCUCUAAUCUCCAGGCUUCUCAAAGCCCACUCAGCCCCCUCUUUCCACCGCCCAGAU